AUGUCAAUAGUUCAUGUACCUAAUACGAGGGAUUACUGGGGAGAAGUUACUGGUACUCAUCUGAUCAAGACAACAAUGACAGUGAAUCAGUAUGAGCAAAUACGUAAGUUUCUUCACUUCAAUGACAACAGUGCAAUGAUACCCAGGGGUGAAAAAGGUCAUGAUAGACUCUUCAAGAUAAGACCCAUAAUAGAAUUGAUGAGAUCUCGGUUUCAAACAAUACCUGUUGAGGAGUAUGUUUCUGUUGAUGAACAGAUAUGUUCAACAAAGGCUAGAAGUUAUUUGAAACAAUACAUGCCAAACAAGCCUCAUAAAUAUGGAUACAAAUUAUUUGUUAUUAGUGGCAUAUCUGGUUAUGCCCACGAUUUUGAGAUUUUCACUGGAGAUGAAAAUGAACCAGAAAAAAGAGUGACUGGGGUGGAAGACUUGGGAGCAAGUGCAAAUGUUGUAGUUCGACUCAGUAGGAUACUACCAAGAAAUAUGAACCACAAACUGUACUGUGACAAUUAUUACACAAGUCUGCCACUGCUUGUAUGGUUACAUAAACAAGGAAUUUACUCACUUGGGACAGUCAGAAGAAACAGAGUGCCAGACUGCAAGCUCCCUUCAGAAGCUGAGCUGAAGAAAAUGGCAUGA